CUCGCUGCGCUCCCAAAGCUCGUCGCAGUUUGAGUGAAUCACCCAAAGUGUUAACAUCGCGAAGCCCACGCCUGUCCGCUGUUUCGCCACAUUUUGCUAGAAUUUAACGCAAGGAACCUCCCAAAACCAGACUCAAAAUGUACGGUAAUCGUCAACCAUCAGCAGGAGGGUUCCGCGGUGGACGUCCAGGCGGUGGCGCUGGAGGCGGCGGUGGUGGCUUCCGCGGGGGUGAUCGUCCCUCGGGCGGAUUUGGAGGCGGCGGCUUCGGAGGAGGAGCCAACCGGGGUUCGUUUGGCGAUCGGCAGGCCAACAACGGGGCCAACCUGCGCUCGAUCAAGUGGACCAGCGGCGAUCUGACGCCGUUCGAGAAGAACUUUUACAAGCCGUCGGAGCAGAUUAUGGCCCUGUCGGAGACGGAUUUCAACGCGUACCUAGCCAAGCUGGAGAUUACGCUGAAGGGACGGGAUAUCCCGAGGCCGUGCAUUACGUUUGGGGACUGCGGUCUGCCGGAUUAUAUUUUGGAGGAGACCGUCAAGCAGGGCUUCACCAAGCCGACGGCAAUUCAGGCCCAAGGCAUGCCAAUUGCGAUGACUGGCCGCGACAUGGUCGGAAUCGCCCAGACCGGAUCGGGCAAAACGCUAGCGUACGUUGCGCCUGCUUUGGUCCACAUCCAGCACCAGGAAACGGUUCAUCGUGGGGAUGGUCCGAUCGCUUUGAUUCUGGCCCCGACGCGUGAGUUGGCUCAGCAGAUCCAGCAGGUGGCGAACGAUUUUGGCCAGCGGACGAACACCAACAAUACGUGCGUGUUUGGUGGUGCCCCGAAGGGACCGCAAAUCCGUGAUCUGGAACGCGGAGCGGAGAUUGUGAUUGCCACGCCCGGUCGGUUGAUCGAUUUCCUCGAGCGAGGAAUCACGAACCUGCGACGGUGCACCUAUCUGGUGCUUGACGAAGCCGACCGGAUGUUGGACAUGGGCUUCGAGCCUCAAAUCCGCAAGAUUAUGGGCCAAAUCCGUCCGGAUCGCCAGGUGCUCAUGUGGUCCGCCACGUGGCCCAAGGAAGUCCGCAACUUGGCGGAGGAAUUCCUCAACGAUUACAUCCAGAUCAACAUCGGUUCGCUGAACCUGUCCGCCAACCACAACAUCCUGCAAAUCGUGGACGUUUGCGAGGACUACGAGAAGGACCAGAAGCUCAUGAAGCUGUUGACGGAAAUCUCGGCCGAGGCCGAAACCAAGACGAUCGUGUUCGUCGAAACCAAGCGCCGCGUCGACGAUAUUACCCGCAGCAUCUGCCGGAACGGGUGGCGCGCGGUUUCAAUCCACGGUGACAAGUCCCAACAGGAGCGGGACUACGUACUGAAUGCAUUCCGAAACGGACGCCAGGGCAUCCUGGUGGCCACCGACGUUGCCGCUCGUGGGCUGGACGUCGAAGACGUAAAGUUCGUAAUCAAUUACGACUACCCGUCGAACUCGGAAGAUUACGUCCACCGCAUCGGACGUACUGGCCGCUCGAACAACACCGGCACCGCGUACACGCUGUUCACCAACUCGAACGCGAACAAGGCGGGCGACCUCAUCAAUGUGCUGCGCGAAGCGAACCAGGUCAUCAACCCGAAGCUGGUCGAGAUGACCAAGCACGGAAUGCGCGGCGGAGGUCGCAGCCGCUACGGCAAUAACAACCGGUACGGCCAGAACCGUCCCCCGCGUGACAACAACGGCUACGGUGGCCAGCGCAACGACGGAGGCAACCGAUUUGGAGCGGGUGGCAACAAGUUCGGCGGAGGUGGUGGCGGUGGAGCCGGCAACGGUUACGGCCAGCAGCGCGACCAGGGUAACCGUAUGGCCAACGGAUCGGGACCGCCCCGACCGAGCCGAUUCUCGGCCGCACCUCCUCGGGGGCGUCCUCGUACGGGCUCGAACGGAUCGGCCGGAGGUGGCUACGGAGCCAAGAGCGGUGGCUACCAGAACGGAGGCGGUGCCAGCAACGGAAGUGCCGCACCCGCCAACGGAUACGGAUCGUACAAACCGUACAGCUCUGCCCCUCCCAGCCAAUCGGCGGCACCGGCUACCGGAGCGGCCCCGUCCUACGGAGCGUACCCACGACCUGCACCUGCACUAGCGUCCUACCAGUUUGCUUCGAUGCCCCCGCAGGGCGGACAGGCGUUCGCGUUUCCCCCGCCACCAGUGGCCAUGAACUAAAUACCUGCUUUUAUCAUCCCCCUUGACUUUGUGACAAACCUACACAAAACAUUCUUAUCUCAUUGAUUCUUUUUUUGAGAAAUCAAAUAUUUUCAUCCCAAACUCAUACUAGCAGAAUGAACGUGAGUGAAUAUGAUUAGUUUUAACGGAAACAAACAAAAACACACACACAUUUACAAAAAAAAACAUUAAUGGUAAACCUACACAAACAAACAUUAGGAUUAAGCGCGUCCUAUUUAUUUAAUUGAUUGUUACUAGCCGGUACCGGUAGAGUGCCACAACAAAAAAGGAAUAUCAGCGGGGUGUGAGAACUCUUUUACUUUUCUUUUUUUUGUAAUCCUCGAUACGAUUGAUUACGUAAAUGUGAUAUAUAUAUUUGUAGCACAUAACACCCGUCACCACCCCCCGAAACAAACAAGAAAUAACUAGCGAAAUGAAGAAUUUAAGCGAAUAUUCUUUGCACUCACCGUUCCUUGUACGAAGAGAAAUCAACAUCAAAGUCAUUGAAUUUUGUAUUUAUUUCGUUUCCCAAGUGGAGGCUGGUUCUGCGCGCUAACACACGCAGAUCAUCAUAAAUUUUAGAACGAAUGUGUGUACGACGCGGAAUGAAUUUUUGAAAUACUGAUUGAAAGUGUGAAUUCUCUUGUGUAGGCAAUAAAAUGAAGCGUAUAUAUUAUAAUAUUCUCUUUAACUCAUUGCAAAACGGUAGCACUCUAUGAUUAAAACUAAAGGUUAAACCGUGUCCGACGUGUGCGAGAGACGUGGGUGGGUCGUUGAAUAGCGAAAAGUAUUACAAUACACUACAGGAAAACCCGCGACCCACCCAGUCGUGUGUCGCGCACCUUAACUAUGUGUCUCAGAUGUGUGGGCCAAACAGAGGAAGGACAAUUGCGCCUGCCAUCUUUUAACUAACCUUCCCCCCAUAUUGAUUAAAAACAUUCUUCUCCCAGCAGAAAAACAAAAAAUGUGUGUGUUGUACGUAGGCAACUCUGAACUGUGUAAUUUGUUUUGCCGGAUGUGAUUUUCGGUCGAAUGAAUGGCUACUGUUUUAGAGUGGAAGUGGAUAUAGUACAAUAAAAGGAUAUCUUAAAAUAA